AGUUCAGGAGUCAUUCAAAGGAUUAUUUUACUCUCACAGAAUGCUACACCUUCUUAACCUAAUCUCCUUAACUAGAUAAGAUCACAUAUAGCUUCUUCUUUCUUUCUUUCUUUUUUUGCCUCAGAUCUGUGUGUGUGUGUGGGGGAUAAUCAUUCAAGGGUUUUAGGAUUAAAGCUUUUGGUAUAUCGACCGAUGGCAAAGCAAGUUAGUAAGAGGUUCGCUUGGGUGAUAAAGGACUUCUCCUCUUUGCAAUGUGACAAGUGUUAUUCUGUUCCAGUUAUGAUAGGUGACUGCAAAUGGCGUCUUUGUGCCUUUCCCAAGGGAAGAAAUGAUAAUUAUUUGUGUCUGUAUCUCGAUGUUGUUGAUUUCGAUUCAUUGCCUUCUGGCUGGAGAAGAUACGUGAAAUUUCGGUUAAAUAUAGUAAAACAGGUUGUGGGAGAACAGUCAGUGAUUAAAGAAACGCAUGGCUGGUAUGAUCAGAAGCAUUUGGGAUGGGGUUUUUCAGAUAUGCUUGACCUUACCAAACUUCAUGAUGAGAAGGAAAGGUUUCUGGUAAAUGGAGAACUCAUGAUUGUUGCAGAUGUAGAAGUUCUUCAAGUUAUUGGCACAUCAGAGGAACCUGAAGAGGCGUACGAACCACUAACCAAGAUGAAGAAGCUAGAUGAUGGUGCCGAGUUUAGUGAUUCACUCAACCAAACUCAACAAGUGAAGGAAAGCAUUGAGGUCAACGGUUUUCAAGUUCUUCCUUCACAGGUGGAAUAUGUGAGCCGUGUAUUUGAAAGACAUCCAGACAUGGCAGUAGAAUUCCUUGCAAGGAACCUACAUCUGAGGAAAAUAUGCAUGAAUUUUCUGCUAGGCUUAAUCGAGACGAUGUGCCAGUCACUUGAGGAGCUCUCAAAUGAAGAUCUUGUCGAAUCAGACAUUGCUUUAACAUACUUGAGAAAUGCAGGGUUUAAGGUGCAUUGGUUGGAGAAGAAGCUGGACAUACUAAAGGAAAAGAAGGAGGAAGAGCAGUCUGGUUUGGCCAGGAUCCAUGAAAUAGAGGAAAAUCUAACGAUUUUGGAGAGAAAGCGGGCAGAACUGGAUGCUCUUGCUGACGAGGAGCAUAAAGAGUUGAAGGCCACCAGAAGUGCUCUGUCUUUUGAUGAUAUUGUUUGCUGAAUUGAGUUGUUUAGGCAUUUUGGUGUUCUGAUAUCUUAUUUUUCUCCGUUGGUUUGUUUAAUUGAACUUCUGUCAGUAUUGAACUUAUGACUAGCACCUGAGGCGAUUACUUGACGUAGCGUUCUGAUAUCUUAUUUUCUCCUUUGGUUUGUUUAAUUGAACUUCUGUCAGUAUUGAACUUAUGACUAGCACCUGAGGCGAUUACUUGACGUAGCGUUCUGAUAUCUUAUUUUCUCCUUUGGUUUGUUUAAUUGAACUUCUGUCAGUAUUGAACUUAUGACUAGCACCUGAGGCGAUUACUUGACGUAGCUCCUUCAACAUUAUUUAAUUCGUAAUUUUGGCUGAUUAUCAAGUCACGAGGACUUAAGGCUGUUCAAAUUCCCCCAUGACAUAACUCUUUUUUCUCUGUUUCUUGAAAGCAUCUCUAGGACCAAGACUGUUUUCAUUGGCGCACAUCAAUC